AUGUCUGCGAAAUCAGUACAAGGGCCUGGCGGCAAGAAGCCCGCGUCGGCGGCCACAAACUUGAUCGCCGGUGGUGGUGCUGGAAUGAUGGAGGCACUCGCAUGUCAUCCUCUCGAUACGAUCAAAGUCCGCAUGCAACUAUCAAGACGAGCUCGCGCUCCAGGAGCAAAGAAGCGCGGGUUCAUUACGACCGGAACUGAGAUCGUGAAGAGAGAGACAGCAUUAGGUCUAUAUAAGGGAUUAGGCGCCGUUCUCACAGGCAUCGUCCCGAAGAUGGCCAUACGCUUCACAAGUUACGAGUGGUAUAAGCAGAUGUUAGCGGACAAAGAGGGCAAUGUCGCGUCAAAGUCUACAUUUAUGGCUGGUCUUGCGGCUGGUGUCACGGAGGCCGUUCUCGUCGUCACACCUAUGGAGGUCGUCAAGAUCCGUCUUCAAGCGCAGCACCACUCGAUGGCCGAUCCGCUCGAUAUACCCAAGUACCGAAACGCCGCGCAUGCCAUGUAUACUGUCAUCAAGGAAGAAGGUGCAGGCGCAUUAUGGCGUGGUGUCUCGCUCACAGCGUUGCGCCAGGGAACAAACCAAGCAGCAAACUUCACCGCGUACUCGGAACUCAGAGCACAAUUACAGAAGUACCAUGGCACAACAGAUUUGCCGGGCUACGAGACGAGUUUGAUCGGUCUGAUCAGUGGUGCUGUUGGUCCGUUUACGAACGCGCCGAUCGACACUAUCAAGACGAGGCUGCAGAAGACGCCUGCGGAGGCAGGUCAAACUGCUAUCCAGAGGAUAGUAAAUAUCGGAAACGACAUGUGGAAGCAGGAAGGUAUCCGCAGUUUCUACAAAGGUAUCACGCCGCGUGUGAUGCGAGUAGCCCCCGGCCAAGCUGUCACAUUUACCGUGUACGAAUAUCUGAAGGCUUCCCAGGAGCUCAAAUCCGCCGUCGGCAGCCUCAUAACCUCAAGCUCGCAACGCGGAAUCCUAGCCACAAUCCAAAACGAGACCAUCAUCCCUAGCGACACCAUAUCCUCGUCAGCAUCGACUUUCCUCGCCGACCUCUCCAAUCUCCAAUCCCACAUCCAGCCCAAUGCCGCACUCUACCUUCUCCUUCGCCGCGCCGACUCGCUCUCCUCCCCCGACAAAUCCCUCGUAGCCGUAACAUACGUACCCAAUGCCGCGCCGGUACGCCAGAAAAUGCUUUUUGCAUCCACGCGCCUCACUCUCGUGCGUGAACUAGGCGGAGAGCAUUUCAGCGAGAGUGUCUUCACAACCGAAGCAUCAGAGCUCACACCGGAGGGCUGGGAGAAACACAUUGCGCAUACAGCGUCUGACAACCCACUGACAGCGGAGGAACAAUCGCUGCAGGAUAUCAAGGCUGCCGAGGCCCUGGAGAGUAGAGGCACACGCGGCCAGGGUCUGGCCCAAGGAGGCAGGAUCGCUAUUCGGGCUGAUGAUGAGAUUGGCGGUGCGUUGAAGAAGUUGGGACAGGGUGGAACGGAUAACCUCGUGCAGUUGCGCAUGGACGGCGCCUCGGAGACGCUUCAGCUUGUGUCUUCUUCGUCAGCGACGCCUUCGACCCUCUCCCGCGCUAUCGAUGCUAAGGAGCCGCGGUACUCGUUCUACCGUCAUGAUGACGCUGCUGCGAGUAUCGUGUUCAUCUCGACGUGUCCGAGCGGAGCGAAGAUUAGGGAGAGGAUGCUGUAUGCAGCGAGUAGGGGCAAUGUGGUCAGUCUGGCGCAGAACGAUGGUGGGCUCAAGGUGGAGAAGAAGAUUGAGGCAACGGACCCGGAUGAGAUCACUGAGCAGGUUAUCCUGGACGAGUUUAAGGUGGAGAAGAAGGAGGAGAGCAAGGGAUUUGCGAAGCCGAAGAGGCCUGGACGGCGGUAG